UGAGACUUUCCAUAGCCCAUCCCACAGGCAUAGCCACUGCCCCGGCAGCUCCAUCACUGUGACAGUGCGAUUCGAAACUGAAAGUGUCUGCAGCAGCGCCGUAAACAGAACUUGGCGUUUCUCACUGGUGAGACGGGACAGCUAUCGCAGCGACUUGUGUGCGACUCUGCUGGCCCAUGUCCUCCGCGGGGGUCUGCGCUUUCUGCCGCCAGCGUCAUGCAAACGCAAGGACCGGGCAGAUGCUGAGGACGGCUGACGGCGAGAUCACGGCCCACUACAACUGCACGCUCUUCUCACCUAAAGUGGUUUCAGCAAAGUCAGACUCGGAAGAUGACUUCGGAGGAUUUGAUAUUGAAACUGUGAAAAAGGAGAUAAAAAGGGCAAACAAACUGAAAUGUUCUCAUUGCAACAAAAAUGGAGCGUCUGUUGGCUGUGAUAUAGGAAGAUGCAAAAAAUCCUAUCACUAUGAAUGUGUAGAAGAUGCAGAUGGUAAAUGCAUUGAAAAUUCUAAAAAACAAAUAUAUAUUGCUUUUUGUGCAGAGCAUAAGGAACAAGCGAAGGCUGCAAACAACAGCCAAUUGGAUGAAGACUCUGACACUAGUGAACAAUCCGGCACACCUGAGGAAUUUCACAGAGAAACGGGGCAGAAAACCAUAAAGAAAACCAUAAAGAAAUACAAAGAAAGGAAAUAUGGAAAGACCAAUUCGGGAAGAAUAACAAAGCAAACGAAACAGAUGGGCAGAAUAAGGUCAUAUAAUGUGAAGAGGCACAAGAAACUCAUUAAUAGACAUUUCAAAUUAACAGAGCUACCGCCCGAGCAGCCGGGCGUACAAGAAGUGCCGUCAGAGGACCCGGCGGCCGGGACAAUGGCGGGGAUGCACUGGGAGAGGAAGAAAAUGAAAACAGAAUAUAGUGCUGGAGUCAUGCAGGAUGUCAAAAGGAGGAAACAGUCAGAUACUGUCCUGGCAAAUUAUUCAGCAGUUACACAAAUGACAGAUGAUGAGGAAGUACCUGGAACAUCUGCAUCCGCUCGACAGAGGGUGCUGAGAAGCGAUUCUGAUUCUGAUGAUUCAGAUCUACCCGUUUUUGAUGGCUGCAAUAUCUCACAGAGCCAAAAGACACCCGAGAAACGCUGUGAUGAGUCUAUCACGAGUCAGUCUUCUCAACAAAUAAAAGAAGGCCUCCAUCAAUCUCCUUAUAGAUGCCCAUCUAGAAGUAGUUCGGAAUCUAGUGAAUCCUUAUUGAGUCCAAAAAGAUUUGAGACUUAUGUCCUCAGUGGACUUCCAGAAAAGGACAGGAAGCAAAUAUCAGAGAGAAGCACUGAUCUGCAGAAAGAAGACAUGGAAGAAGACGAUAAAAUGACUGGAAAUACAGUAGUCACAGACGAAGCACCGUCUUUUGAUCCGUUAUUAGAAAUGAGUCCAGAGGAGCAGCCUGCUACUAAUGUUCCUGUCGACACAGUCAUUUCAAGUCCUUCAAGAACGUCUCCUGUAAUAAAACAGUGCUUAGAAGAGCAAACUGUUGGCUGUUCAGUUAAAGAGACUAUUGCCUUUCGUAAUAUAAGAGAAAAACAAGAAAAAAUAAAAAUUCUUUCACGUCUGAGAAGAAGAUUAAUCACACGGCCCCCAAACACCACUAAUACAAAUGGCAGAUCCCAUAUGAGUUCACUUGAUGGAUCCACAAGUGCUGAUCAUUAUUUAGAUGGACCAGCUGUACAGUCUAUAGAUUAUUGUGAUGGUAACGAGUCAACAGCACAACCAAUAAUCUCUAUCAGUGGUAAAGAUAGGCCAGCCACACAACCUAUAGAUUCUUCAUAUAGUGAAAAUACGUAUGUGGCACAGCUUGUAGGUUCUUUUGAUGGUGAAGAUAUACCGGUGAUAAAGCCGGAGAACUUUUUUAAUAAGUCAUCACAUACAGAACCUAUGGGCUACAUCAACUAUAAUAGCUCAACCGAUGAAAAGGCUGGGGUUUAUCCUAAUGUUUUCACACCUUUUGCUGUACAGCUGAUACGCCAAUUGACGCUUUUAAAUGAACAAUCAACUAAGAUCUCCAAUACACAAGUCAUAUCAGAAAGAUAUCCAUCAGCCUCUCCUCUUGCACAAGACGUAUAUGGUGGCACAUCAGGAACAAGUCUAUCAGUCUCUCCUCUUGCACAGUAUGGACAUGUCGGCAUAUCAGGAACAUAUGCUUCAGUUUCUCCUGUUGCACAAUAUGGACUUUUGGGUACAUCAGGAACCUGCCCAUCAGUCUCUCCUCUAGCACAAGAUGUAUGUGGUGCCACAUCAGAAACAUAUCCAUCAGUCUCUCUUCUUGCAAAAGAUGUAGGUGGUGGCACAUCGGGAACAUGUCCAUCAUUCACUCCUCUUGCACAAGACGUAUAUAGUGGCACAUCAGAAACAUAUCCAUCAGUCUCUCCUCUUGCACAAGAUGUAUAUGGUGACACAUCAGGAACAGGUCCAUUAGUCACUUCCCUUGCACAAGAUGUACAUGUUGGCACAUCAAGAACAUGCCCAUCAGUCUCUCCUCUUGCACAAAACAUAUAUGGUGUUGCAUCAGGAACAUGCCUGUUAGUCUCUCCUAUUGCCCAAGAUGUACAUGUUGAACAACCAACCACAAGUCUCAAUGGCAUAGAUGACACAUCUUUGGAAGAUCUACCUCAAGCUUUUACAUGUCCUGAUGUCAGUGCACCAGAAACAGAUAAAGAAGCACGACUUUCAUAUUUUCUCAGUCCAGAGACGAUAUCAGAUAUGUCAGCAAAACUUGUAACAGGGGCUCUUGCUAAGAAGUUCAACUUCAGCAACAUUGCAAUGCAGAUUAAAAGUCCCUUAAGGUCUGCCAAAAGUGCUCUGUCACACAGCAAAGACGAUCAAGUCACAUCUGAAAACUCUCCAAGACCUGGUCCUUCUUCUGAAGCGACUCAGAAAUAUUUGAAUGAAGUGGAUGAAAAGCAAAGCAGCUCAGGCUUGAAGCAGUGCGAUAAUCACUGUCCCUGUUACAGCAGACUGGAGCAUAAGGUAGACAGUCUCCUCCAAGGACAGGUGAGACUGAUGGCACUCUUAGAGGAGCAACAUAGGAAAGUCAACCUAUUGAUUGAGACUGUGACGACAACACCUGAUUCUGUAGAGAGGUCCUUCCCUUCACCUCCUCUAUCGACAUCCAGCUUUCCAGGGACUCAGCCACUAGAUGAUCAUAAUUACUCUUCCAUGCAGCCUCCAACUUGAGCCCAAUUUAUGCGCAGGACUUCGUCAAGCAGUGCACAAUGAACAUUAAUAGUUAUUAAGUUUGUAAAUGUUUUUCCAACUAUUUAUAUAUUUGUAUGGAUUAAAUUGUUUCCAAGUUUUAUAAGUGAUUUUAUAGUUUUAUUUUUGUUGCAUUUAAUAUAAUGGAAUCUAUUUGCAUAUUUCUCAUUUGAACUAGAUAAACUAAAUUUGUUACUUUUACAUGUAUAUAAAAUAAAUAUUUUGUGUUGAUAACA